UACACGAUUUCUAUGGAUGCUUUCUAUUUAAUGAUACAAAUCGACACAAGUUAACACAAGUGUCGUUCUAUCUUUGCCAUUCUCAGAAUAUCAAGGUUAGAACAUUUGUGUCGACUUGUAUCAUCAAAUGGAAGUAUCCUAUAUAGAGGACCCUAAAAAAAUCCCUUGAUUCUUUCUAAUACACGGUGGCACCUGAAUGAUAUUUCCGAACGCAACCCAUGCGAUAAUCGAGUAUUGCUGAAUAUUGUAAACGACGCGUUACAUAAAAAUCACAUUACAGUGAUGUUUUUUAUUUUUUUUUUAACUUGUCAAUAAUUGUCAUAAAAAAUGCCAUGUAGUGUAAAAAAAUGUGUAAGCAAUCUUAAAUCAAAAAGUAAAGUACAUUCUUUCCGGUUUCCUCUAAACGAUAAAAAUCGUCUUGACAAAUGGAUUGCUGCUGUUGGAAAACCGGAUUGGAAACCGACAAAAGCAAGCAGAAUUUGUAAUCUGCAUUUUAAUAAAAAGGACAUUAUAGAAGGGAUGGGAUAUCAACGUUCUUAUUUACGUAAAAAUGCUAUACCAAAAGAUUAUUCUUCAUUUCUCACAGAAAAUGAACUGGUUGAUGUAAUGUUAAAGCCAAAAAAGAUCUGCAAUACUACAAGUAUUAAUAAAUCUAUAAACAUUAAUGAAACUUGUAGCUUGGAGAAAAGUGUUGCAUGGGAUAGCAAUAAUUUAAAGAAUAAUGUUAGUAUGAUUGAAAAUAAUAGAUCAAAUAUGUUUGAUAUUCAAAACCAAAAUCAAUCAGUUCAAAAAACAAUUCACUCUAACACAUUUCUCACAAAUGAAAAAUAUAAAUUUAUUCAAACUUAUUCAAAAGAGAUCUGCAAUUCUGCAAACAUUAAAUCUGUAAAUUCUAGUGAAACUUGUGUUUUUGACAAAAAUGCUGUACGAAAUCACACUAAUUUAAAGAACGAUAUUAACACUACGAUUGAAAAUUAUGGAUUGUGUAUAUUUGACACUGAAAACCAAAAUCAAUCGAUUAAAAAUACAAUUUCUCACUUAAAUAAAAGAUGCAGUUUUUUUCGAUCUGAUUCAAAUAAGAUCUACAAUUCUACAAGCAGUAAUAAAUCUAUAAGUUCCAAUGAAACUUAUGUCUCAGAGAAAAGUGUUGCAUUAGAUCACAACUACUCAAAAUAUCAUAAUGUUAUUAUAAAAAAAAAUGAUGGAUCAAAUAUAUUUGGCACUCGAAAUCCAAAUCAGCAAGCAAUUCUUCAGCCAGGUCAAAAACGUAAAUUUAUUCGAAUUGGUUUAAAAAAUGUGCCUAUUUUGCCCAGUUCCAUUAAUUUCAACUAUAAAAUAAGAAGGGAAAUAGAUUUUAUUAAUGCAACAAAAAAAAUAAAUGAAUUAUCAAAAAAUGUAAAAGAUAUGAAAGUAAAGAAUAGAACAUUACAACAGAAGUUGAGAAGAUAUAACGAAAGAGUUACUUUAAUAAAAAAACUGUUUGACUUAUUACAACAGGAAAAACUGAUUUCUGGUGACUCUUUACAAUUAAUAAGAAAACAACUUGAACGUCUUAUAUUACAAACUUCCCAAAAUAAAGAUAAAAAUGAAAGCUACAAAUAAGAAAAGAAAAUUAAAGAUCAGUAUUAUACGAAUAAGCAUUUUUACGAAUUACUUUUAUAAAAAAAAAUAAUCAAGUUGAGUUUUAUUAUGAAAAUGUAUAUUUCGUAAUUGCACAAACAUGCUCUUCUGAAUUUAUCAUUAAAUAAAUUGCUAUACAGUCAUGGA